AGGUUACUACAUUCAUGGAUAACCAACAAGAUAAGGCUGUUGUUGCCUCAGUCGAUGGAGAAAACACUCUGAUUAAUGGGGUUGAAGAAAAUGACUCAGAUGACCAGAAUGUGGCCAUGAAGUCAUUUGCAGCCCUAGAAGCUGCUGCUCCAAUCCAGCCGAUACCAAUGGUACAAAAAGAGACUCUGAUGUACCCCAGGAAUCUCCUGCCUCUGCCUUCUAAGAAGCCCUGUAUACAGAGCCCCCCUUCUCCUUUGGACCUGAUUGAACCACCUGAGCAUGCUGCUGAUAGUGCUUCUGUGAAUGCCAUCUCCCUCACAUCUGGUGUUGCAAAGGGUCUAAACACAUGGUCAUUGCCCAAUGAGUGUGAGAAAGCACCAUUUGCCAUAAUGGAGCCUGCAAGCAUGUCAGCUCUGAAUGGGGACUGCCUCAUGCAACCAAGCCGGACUUGCUUGGGCUGCUUCAUGGAAUCCAAGGAUGCAGUAGAUCCUGAGCCAGGGAUCAGUCUGAAAGUUGGUGAUCUAAGUAGGGAUUAUGAAACAUGUGCAGUGUCUGACAUAGGGAUUCAAUGUAUUAAUGCGGGAGAAAACAUAAAAUAUGGAGAUCAGCUGCUCUCGGACCAGCUUCUAGGCUUCCCCCUCCACAAGUCAAAGGCAGGAGAUAAACGAGAAGCUGAGAAACCUGACAUUGACUUGGAGGAUCCUGCUCAGAAAAAUUAUUAUGAAGCAUUACUGUUGGAUAAGUGCAAUACAGAAGAGGCUCUGCUUGCAAAUUCCAAUCAGGAUUGGGGUUACUUUGAGACCUUCAUUAGUGAGAGUAAGAUUGAACUGCUAGACCUCUGUUCCAAGAAUGAGCUGUCUGUCAACUUGUUUUCCGAAGAAGAUGUAGAUAACUACAUGUUUGAUGAUGAUGAGUCAACACUGGGGAGUGAUGUCUGCUCCCUGAAAAUUCGAUAUGAGUCCUUCCAGGACAAUGUUCGAGAUAAGACUACUCUUCUGAUGCAGGAAGAUGCCCAAUUCAACUUUUUCCCCAGUGUCUUUACUACCUGCCCCAAGCGGGAGUCCAAGAGUGGGGCCCUUAAACAGAGCAGCGAUCUCUCCCCAUUCAAAGUUCCUGAUGUGAGCAUCAUCUGGGGAGAAGAAGAUAAAUACUUGGACAGAAAGAAAGGCAAAGAAGAAGGAGGGCAAGAAGACCGAGAUAUAGACCAAAAAGACAGAACCGAGAACGGAGACAAAUCUGCCUUAAAUAAACCGUGUAGUGAGACUGAAGUCGAACAAUUUAAAUUUUUAAAGCAGGGCCAUCUUGUUAAUUCCUUGGAGGCAUCCGUGAAUUUCAGCAAUGACAGCUCCUUCAUUGAAGUCUCAUAUGAUGCCAUGGGGGAGGUCAAAGACUGUAACCGCUAUAUGGCACGGGACACUAAUUCGGGUAGCUCCUCCUCCCAGCAGAACUAUGGCCUGCGAGCCAAGAGAAAAGUCAGAUACAGUGAAGAUUACCUAUAUGAUGUUGACUCACUAGAGGGUGAAAAAAUAAAUGAGAGGAAAGAAUGGCUGCCAGAUGGUUCUAAAGAGGAAGAUGAUGAUGAAUGGUGUCCCAAAAAGAGAAGAAAAGUCGCACGUAAAGAGCCCCCUGUUAUUAUCAAAUACAUCAUCAUCAAUCGCUUUAAAGGGGAGAAGAACAUGCUGGUGAAAUUGGGGAAAGUGGAUGCCACUGAGACAACAGUGAAUUUGAGUGAGAAUCAGCUCAACAAAUAUGCCAAGCUGGCCCCCUUAAAGGGCUUCUGGCAGAAGAAGAAGAAGCAGAGAAACAGUAGCACCGACUCAAUCAAGAUAUCUUUAUGCCAAAAGCAAAGCUUUGAGCCAGGUAGCUUUGAGGUGUCGUUCCUAUCACCGGCUCGCAAACGAAAAUCUAAAUAUGGCAACAGGCACAGGAUUCAAAGAAUCCCAUCCAUAGAAGCUUCGGCAAGCAGUAAACCGGUUUCAUUCGGCACUGAUCAGAAGCAAGCAAAUCGCAAAGAAGAUGGAUACCUGAAAGGUGCACUGAAGCCCGCAGCUCUGAUUACAAGCUGCUCAAAGGGAUUACAUUUCAGCGAAAUGGCAGGCUCUGACUCAGUGAAAGUCAAAGCUCAAGACACAGAAUUUAAGGGACCAGAAAGGAAAGUACUCAACAAAAUCAAAUUUAAGAGUGAAGCUAGGUUAAAAUCCAAGAAAAUCAAAGCCGGGCCAGAAAGCAAGCCAGUUGCUGAAAUGAGCCCUCUCUUGGAAGAGCUAUCCUCUAAGGUCAUUGUAAAGAAUGAAGCGGUUCCUGGGACCUCAAACAGUUCCCACGUCUCUGAAAUUCGUGAGGCAAAGGUGGCUAAGAAUUCCACAUUCCUACCAGCCACCUGCCCCUCAGAAAUGCCUCUGUCAUCGGCUAAUGUUGCUACAAAUAUACCUGUUAUCCCUGGAGGCUAUCUGCAGACAUUGUUAGAUGCUUCCGACUUGACGAAUAAUACCAGCAUCUCAUACUUCACCCAGGAGUCUUCAGAGCAGACUGACGGCAGUCUCAUCGAAGCAGAAAAGGCGUUUGUACCGCUCCAGCCUUCCCAGGAUUGUGUGCUUUCCUCCCCCUCGGAGUCUGAGCUGCAGCAGUCACCCCAUAACUUGAAAAUAGAAUCAACCAAUUAUGGGAACGUGUGGCCAAAAAAGACUAUUUCUGGCCCCCAGGAAUUCAUGGUUAAAGCCUCAAGAGAGAUAGUCUCGACCCAAUCCAAUGAAUUUGAAGUGUCCCAAAUGGUGUCUAUAGAAAAUAGCCUCAUAGCUACAACAUACAAUCCAAUCUACGUCAACAGUGGUGGCAAUAGUUGCCACAAGGUCCUGUGUGCCUCCCUGCAGGACUCCCAGCUCCCGGCUGAUGGCUCUUAUCAGUUAUGUCACUUUAGUAAUGGAGAGAUCUGCUUUCCUUUCCAGCAGGGUCCGGUCAACAUGGAUGAUAGUCGGCUCUUUAGCUUUGAUUCAAUGACCUCACUGUCUGUAAGCUCAAGCAAUUAUUGCUCCUUAAACUUGACUUCCUGUGAAAAGGAUGCUGAUGCUGAUAUCACUGAUGACUUCUUGGCCCAUUGCAGCCCUAAGCUCGUGAUCCAACAGAGCAUUGGUGAGAUAACCCCACUAAAAGAAUCCACUGACCUCCUAGAUAUCUCCAAUUUCACUCCUGACAAAUUCCGCCACUCUUCCCUUUCAGAGUUGUCCCCACCUGACACCCCUAGCCUCUCCCCUCAAAUUACCAGGUGUGAGAAUAUCAAAACGCUUGAAACGCUGAAGGAGCUCCAAGAGGACACCCCAGGACCACUAGACAAUAUGGAUAAAAUCAAGUGGGACUGCAAUACCCUUUCACAGCAGGUUCAAGUGGAUGACGGAUUUACUUUAAAUAACCAUCAGUUUCAGUUCCAUAUGUUCAACGAUGAAGAUUCUGCUAGCCUGCUCCAAAAAAACCCUUGCCUGUCAACAUUGAAUGAGCCAUCUGGUCAAAUUAACACCAAUAACAAAGUGUCAAAAUCAAGAAAGAAAAGUUCACCCAGCAAGAGUGGGGCUGUGAACCAAAGCUCUUCUCAGAAAAACGCCAGGAAAAAAUCCCCCAAAUCCAGCAACAAAGGAAUUGAAAAGCCACCUGGCAAAUCCUCCCGCCAGGUCCCUAAGUCAACAAAGAAAGGAAAAUACAUGGCUGCAAUCAAUGGAGAGAAAAUGCAAAUCGGCACUAGUCAUGGGGGAGGCCAAAUCAAUGGCAUGGCCUCUAGUGGGAAGACAUUGGUUGAGCGUAUCCAACAUGGGGGUCCUAUGGCCUCUAUAAAAAUGCCAAGUCAGAAGGGACUUUCUGGAGAUUGGGCUUUGGGAAAAGAGAGCAGGUCAGGUUGGAGUGACUUGAGUGUGGGCACUGGCACCAACAGCCUCCUGGAUGAUGACCAACGAGAAUUCCAAGAGCCUUCCUAUAUCUUGUCCAACAUUGCCUCUGGGAUGGCAGAUGUACAGAGAUUCAUGAUGGCCUCCAUAGAGCCCCUUUGGGAGCCCACAGAGCACCACGGGGACCCCAACAUAUUCUACUCCCCUGAGUCUAAUACUCUAAAAUUAAAAACCCUCAAAAUAUUGGCCGGGACACCACAAGAGUCUAAGAAAAAGGUCACCAGUGGGGCCCCAGGAGCCACUAAAACCCACAGGUCAAUCAAAGGGAUGAGCAAAAGCCAUGGGAAAGCACCACUAGGUCAUCCUGGCUGUGCAAACAUACCUGGUUAUAACGAGGAGUCUCGCUCCACCUUCUUUGAUAAAAAGUACAAUAACAUGAGCACUUUAGGCAGUAACGGACCAACACACAAAAAAUUAUAUCGUCACAAAUCCAGCUCCAAGGCCCUGAGAGAUGAAAAAUGUAAGGGCAAGAGCAUGGAGCGAGAACAGGUCCACAAGGAUGAGGCUGGGACAGCUGCUUUGGAGAAACGGAGGGAUUCUGACUACAAUCUCCUAAAAGCAGAAACCGCAUUUGGGGUUUUACCUGUGUGUGAAGAAGAGACUCGAAUUUUCCAGAAAGACAUUUGAUGUUUGUCUUUAAUUUAUUUCAAACGAUGCCUUGUGCUAUGUAUGCUGACAUGUAAGUGCUUAAACACGACUUUGAAAUUGUGGGACUAAGUCUUUGGAAGCAAACUUUAAUCUGAUGUUCUGUGUAAAAGACUUAAAAAGUCAUACAGUUGCACAGGUAGUUGAUGCACUAUUUACUCACAAGGAAAAAAUGGAAAGUGGUGUGCCAAACUACCAACAAGCGACUGUACUGUAUAUAUUGAAACUUCUCUAUCAACAUUUGGUUGUAUUGGGGGGGUUUGUCCCUGUUGAUUUACUAGAACCAUUCCAGUGACUCUUGCUGUUAACCAGCCCUCACUUAUGUGGACAGCACCUGUAGACCACAGUAGGAAAACAUGUUGUGUUACACAGUUUACUAAAACUUAAAAGAAACGGUUUGACAUGUGCCAAAGUUUCUUACCUCAUCUCACAGUUUAAGCUCCUUAAUUAAUCUUAGAAAUAUUUACAUGCAUACAUACAUUGUUUUAAAACUCGAUUGUCCUGUCUGAAAACAUGAACAGUUAGUAGACAAGGCACAGUGAAGGUUUGUUUGUUUCCUUGUCUAAGGAUUACAAUGCUAGAAACGUCUGGAAGCUGCAGCUAUUCCAUCAGCGACUCAGUAUGGGCAUUUACAGAACCUUUUACAAGUAAACAGAACAGCUGCUUUGAACGUUUGUUUUCUAAAAACAAAAUCAGUGGCUGAAAAUUAUUUAAAGUGCAAAGUUAUAUUGCUGAUACCUUAUAUCUCAGUUUUAUAUAUCUUACAAUCGUGUGGGAUAAAUUGUACAGGCAACACGAAUGAUAAAUGAAGUAUAUAGAUUACUUUUAUUUGAAUAGUUCCCUAAAUGUUUUAUUCCAGUUUUGUCAAAAGUGCACUCAUAUCACCACUUUAGUGUGCUUUAUCUGUUGAAUCUUGCAAUGUCAAUGUCAGUUGAAAAAAAUGUUAAGACAUCUCAAUUCAACCAAAUGUUUCUUCCUAUCAGAUAAGAUGUUGUGGUCACAACUAAUUUGGGUCAUACAUACUUAGUCUGAGGAUGCCUACGACUUGAUGCCACACAUUCAACUUAUAUCUUAAUUUUUAAAUAAAUAGAAAAUAUCGCUUUUAAAAUUUAGCCUCCCUCACUUUCUAAGAAAUUCCCAAUUCCAAUAUCCCUCACUCCAAGCCUUUUCUUCCCCUCUGUUCACCGCUGGGCGUCUAACCUUUGCUCUAGCUCCAGUGCCCAGCUGAAGGCCUAGGGGUCUGGUGACUGACGCCCUUCUGGCACAGGCGAGAGACUGGAUGUGAAAGCACUUUGUAGAUCAUGAAGUGCUAUACGGAUAGAAGGGAUUAAUAUAAUGACUACUGUUGCUUGUCGUCGUUGUCACUCUUACUAGUCGUACUAAUAUUGUUAUUACCCUCUUAACUAGGGAAUAGAUAGGCUUGGGAAGGGAGGGUCGAGAAUAAGUGGGUGGGGGAAAGGAUUUUUAAAAAGGGGAGAUGUUUCCAAAGGGAAAAUUCAACCAAAAUAUGGACCUAUGUAGUCAUCAUGACUAAAUAUAUUCACAAAUAAAAAAGCAACAUUUGAAAAUAGAAAGAAAUGGAAGGAAACCAGUCACAUACAUAAGUAUGCACACACUUCCCCAUCCACGAUUCCUUUCGCCAGUCUGUUCUCCUACUUCUAAAUGAGUAGUGAAGUGAACAGUCUUGUGUUCGUUUGGGUAUGUUCUCAGCAUCCAGCUCUUGUGUCUGUGGGGAGGAGUGAGCGUGAAGUUCUUCGUGAGGCCCCUUCCUAGACUUUGACAUGCUCUGGGCAGCGAGUCCUGGAAAAUGACGUAGCGGAAAGUGACCAGAUGAAACAUGUCUCCUGCUCUACAGCUACCAGCCAAUGGGGGAACUAGCCCAACUGGAAAGCUUUCUUCUCUGUCCGAUAGCUAGCUGUUUGUACUAAAUGCUCUUUGGCUGGUUCCUGGGAACUGGUCUUUCUUCUGUUGUUGUUGGUUCUGUUUGCAGCUGGAUUUUGGAGUCAUCAACUCUGCCUGUACCUGGGCUUGCCAGGGCUCUAGACCUCAUGUGGUCACCUGCUGGCCUACAGAAAUGGAGUGAGUUCUAUGUAGUUGAGAAGGGGAACGUGGCAAUGAAAGACGAAAUAAAGGAUGUGUUCGACGAGUACACUGUGUUUUUAUAAAAGUGGGAACAAUUGUGGAAGUUUUUCUAAGUAUUACUUAAGCUUUGGAGUAGACAUGGGAUAGGAGGAGCUUUCGGAAGCCAUUUCCUUGUCGGAGCUUGCUGGUGGGCGUCCUUUGGAGUGGAUACUCCUUCGGUUUGGAGCACCCUUGUUGCCAAAAAGAAUCAGCAGUUUCAAGUAUUUUUUUGAUCGGCCUGUCGUGCAUUCUGUGUUGGUUAGCCUAUGCCUUAGUGACUCGCGUUACAAAGGCACAGGAAGAAACCGAGUUUUGAAAGAGCAACGGGACAAGGACUGAGGGCAUACGGUGCUUAUUCUCCUGACCACAAUCAUCCCUCUCAGUAUGUGUUAUAUAGUGAGCUAGUCAGCUUUUAGGGUCUGGUGGUUCCUCCUCUGCUCUCACAGUUCUUUCUCUUCCUGUCACAACAUAAUGAACUUCUGGAGAUCCCUUACUCAACGAGCUGCUUAGUGGAGUCUUAGCAAAACAGUAAGUACUCUGCCCUUUCGCAGAUAUCGCCAAUCAGAAAUAUUGAAUUUUCCUUGGUCUGAAAUUCCUGAUUACCACUACUUUCUAACUUCUCUCUGAGAAGUAACUGCCUAUGAUGCUUUCCCAACGGGGUCCCAUUUACUCUUUAAUUUCUUGGAAAUGGUAGCCUCCCUUAUUCUUCUUACUUGGUCUGAGAAUUUGUCUUCUUUUCUGGUCAUAUAUUCUUACUUUCUCCCCAAAUAAGAAGCCCUUAGCCAGGCUAUUCUCUUCCUGAAAUUCAGGGUUGAAACUUUCCAUUCUCAAUUACAUUUUGUUUUCUUGCCAUUUAUAAAUUGAGUUUUAAACAGGCAUCCACCCGUGCAAGAGUGAUUGAGAAGCUGAAAGCUCCUUUGCUUGGAAUGUCUGUAAGAAAAGCCCUGCUCUCCUGUCUUCCCUGCUCAGGGCUGUGAGCUGGGUGCUGAAACAGUGGUUCUUCAGGACCUUGGAAGUUGUGUUUGGGGCUUUGAUAACUGCGUUGAUCCAGGGGCCAGACACCCUGCCUCUUCAGGGUCACAUACCAGCUUCCUCACAUACACUGCUCUUAUUUGUUCGUUGUCCUUUUUGCUCUGUACAGUAAUGUGCUAAGGCCUUAUUUUUCUCAACGGUUUUCAAAGCUCUGCACUACCUUGACCACCACUUCUUCAACCAUCCCCUUUAAGUUCUUGGUGCUAGAUGGACUUUCACUUUCUCGGAUCUUUUUACUUUCUGGGAAACAUCUGUGUGUGGGUGGCGGGGUGGGGGUGGUUUGCAGGUGUAUGUAUAAGAGAAAGAAGCCUAAAGGGUGCUUUGCAAGUUGCAAACAAGUCUGGCUAGCAUCCUGUUUCUUUUGUGUGUGUGUGUGAGAUUUCCAGUUCUGGUGAAUUUCUGUUGUAGUGAGUUCUGAUUAGUGUUAGCUGCCUAAAGGAGAAAAACCAUAUCGAAGGACCUCUUAACCAAGCAUGCCCUUACUAAGCUGUGCAGUCUGAUCUGGAUUCACUACAUCUUCUGCUUAAAGGUGUUCUCAGAGCUGUUCCAAGAAUUUAAGAGAGCUAACAUUGGUUAAAGUGCUUGAUGCUAAUCUAAAGGUCAAAGGUUCAAAACCACCAGCAGGUCCAUAGAAGUAAGAUGUGGACAUCUGCUUCCGUAAAGAGUUACAGCCUUGGAAACCCUAAGGGGGGUGCUCUAUUUUGUAUCAUAGGCUCACUGUAAGUUAAAAUCAACUUGACGGCAGGAAGUUUGGGUUUUGUUAGUUUUGUGUUAAGGUUUCUGCACUAAAGAGAUGGGACCCCUGGUUGCUUAGUGGUUACACAUUGGGCUGCUAACUGGAAGGUCAGCAGUUUGAAGCUACCAUUCGCUCCAAGGGAGAAAU